AGCGUCGGCGUCGCCGCACUCGCAGCAGAGCGUACAGCUGCCCGGGCUGGCAUCGCUGACGGGCGACGACAAGAGACAUUUCAGGCGCAUCGGGGCGUAUGCGACGUCCGCACCUGCCGCAUCGGGGGGCCAGACCCAUCUGCCAGAACUGCACCACGAGCACCACUCCCCUGUGGCGCCGCGAUGAGGUUGGCUCCGUCCUCUGCAACGCCUGCGGCCUCUUCCUCAAGCUGCACGGCCGUCCGCGCCCGAUAAGCCUCAAGACCGACGUGAUCAAAAGCCGCAACCGCGUCAAGACGUCGGGCCAGGCGCCCAAGAAGAAGCCUCCCCCCCACUCUCACCCCGACCACAAUGGCCUCGACCACAUGCGCGCCCAGGCCGGCACGCCGCCCAUCGACGCGCUGAACCACCGACGCACGUCGCAGAAGAUGUCGUCCGCCGCCUCGGAACGAUCGGCGUCGCCGCUGUCGCGCACUGGCACCCCCGGUCUGCACCACCCCUCCAACAUUGCGCCCCAGCACAUGUUCGACGGCGUCACCCUCAACGGCCACGAAUUCCACUCGUCGUCGCUGCCCGCCUUUGCCCUGCACCACCGCCAGCCCUCGCCCUCGGCUAGCAGCAUCAAUGGCGCCCACCUCGAGCCACCCAUGACCUACGACGGUCUCGCCAACACAAACACGUCGCUCAAGACGCGCGUCAGCGAGCUCGAGGUCAUUAAUGACUUGUUCCGCGGCCGCGUCGCCGAGCUCGAGCAGAGCGAGCAGCGCGCCCGCACCGACGAAACCCUUGCUCGCGACGCCGAAAACCGUCUGCGCGCCGGCCUCGAACAAAGCCAAGCCCGCGAGGCCGAUCUUAAGCGCCGCAUCGAGGAGCUCGAGGCCGAGUUGUCCGAGUACCGCGACGGCCCGCGGCAGAAGAAGAUGCGCUUGUCAGACAUUGUCGAUGAGAGCGCGGCGUCGACGCCUCUGUCGACACCCUCGCAGUCCAACUAAUGUUGUUGUUGUUGUUGCAGCUGCUUCUUGAAAUUCCUGUCGUUUGUCCUUUUCUGCAGAGCGAUACCUGACGAUGUCUUUCACGUGCGUUUUUCCACCUCUGCCCGCACAAAAUCCCAGACCGGCGUUGCCCUUUCGGAAGGCAUGAGAGAGUCCUUUCUCUCUUUCUCCCUUCUACCUCGCACGCGGUCUUUGGUCUUCCCCCUCGAUCGUCGCCCUCUGGCGCCGGCGCGCGCACGCACGACGAUCAAGCU